AUGACCUGCGCAAAGGAGACCCUACAACUGUCCUGUGCAGCGAAUGAGCUGAUCGUGAUUGAGGAUAUAUUCUACGGUCGGAGGGAAAACGGUCCUCGCUGUGGAUUGUUUUACUCUGUUUUACCAGCAGAAGUGAAAAAGAACGUCACCUUUCAAAAAGACCCCAGACAGUUGGACACGUCAGACACUUGGGAAUGGGGAGCACUGGCCGUGUCUUCGACUAACGAGAUAUUUGUGACUGACGAGCGCAACAAAAGAAUCCAGGUCUUCAGCAUGAAGGGAGUUUUCAUUCACAGUUUCUCCACAAGAGACUUAAAACCAGUUGCCAUUUCCACUGGCCGCAAUGAUACCCUGUGGGUCAUUUUGGAGGGAUAUGACAUCCAACAGCACAGCAAAGAGGGCCAUGUCCUUGCCAAGUUUACAUGCAGCAGCACAAGUAAAGAAAUAAUCUAUGGGAUUGCCUGGCACGAGCUUUCUGACAGAAUCAUACUGACACAAGGAGCCUGGCCCACAGAGAUUGUGUGGUUAAGUCCUACUUACACAACGACACCAACAUCGGCAACAUGUAACCUGAACAGGUUAUCAGGAACAGGGUCAGAUGAAAUAUCAAAUAAACAAUCUAUAACCAUAGACAUGAAAGGGAACAUUUACGUCAUAGACAAGUAUGAAGCUCGUAUUCUUAAGUAUGGUGAGAAUGGAGUCUACCUUACCAGUUUUGGGAGUCCAGGUAGUGGAGCAGGGAAUCUUAAUAACCCCUCAGGAAUCUGUGUGGACAGUUUGGGGCGUGUGAUUGUGGCUGAUGCUGGGAACAGUCGGGUGGAGAUGUUCACAGCAAAGGGAGAGCACAUCCGCACAGUAGCUUAUAUGCAGAAACCCAGACAUGUUGCUACAGGUGGGGAGGGGCAGCUUGUGGUGUUAAAUCAGGAAAGCUUUGUAACCAUCUUUCCCAAAUAUUAGGCCCACAUCGAUUCAUUUUAUGGGCGGUUAUCGAUGGGGUCCCAAACAUUUUCAAGUAAAAAUUUAGCAAAAGGACAAGAUAAAAAAAAACAGGACUGUGGAAAAAACGUGAGUCUGACUAUAUUCACUCUGACAAACGUUUUCCUAACUGUCAGUGUCUACUGUAUUUCUGGGAAAGCUUAUAGGGAAAGCUAGCCGAUGUGGGAAAACCAAUAUCCAUUGAAUUAUAUUUUACAUGUAGCAUGGUGAUGUGAUACUAGUAAAAUUACUGCUAAGUAUGUAA